CCGACUGCCGCUGGCCAAUCAUCAACCGCGCCCCUUCCCCCUGCUAGCCCCGCCUCCCCGCUUCGGGCCCGAGCCGCCGUCUGCCCGACCGCUACCGCCUGUUACGUAACGCUCCCCCGCCCGCCGCAAUCGCCGGGGAUUGGUUGGGAGCGGCGAGCGCGCGAGUCACGCGGCGGCGGGCUCUGGUGGGGCGCGCCAGCGCGGCACGCGAUUGGCCGGCUCCGGCGAGAGCCAAUGGGAGUCGAGCCGCUGGAUUCAAACGGUGCGGGGCGCGGAAGGGGGCAGUUAGUGCGCGAGGCGUCCGUGAGGGAGUCACCUGAGGCCGCUGCUCGUCCCGCUGCUCCAGCCUGCGCUGCCGCCCGCCAUGGCCCACAAGCAGAUCUACUAUUCCGAUAAGUACUCUGAUGAGCAGUACGAGUACCGACAUGUGAUGCUGCCACGAGAACUUUCAAAACAGGUGCCAAAAUCUCAUCUGAUGUCUGAAGAAGAGUGGAGACGACUUGGUGUUCAGCAGAGUCUUGGCUGGGUUCACUAUAUGAUCCAUGAGCCAGAACCACAUAUUCUGCUCUUCAGAAGACCGCUUCCAAAGGAUGAGCAGAAAUAAGCCUUGGCCUUUUGAAUCUUCUGGAACUAUGUAUAGGAAUGUAUAUAUGUUGGAUAUAUUCAGUGAAUACUUUAAAUUUACCAAACAUACAUCCGAACCUGUGCAUGAGCUGUAUUAUUCACAGCAACAAAGCUCAGUCAAAUGCAAUUCCAAGCAGGCUGCUAUGAUGUUCAAAGAGUGAUGAGUUUAUCUUUUAAUGUUAAUGUAAGUGCCUCUCUGACUUAAAUUUUGUUUGUGCUGCAUGUUCUAAUUAGCUCAUCACUUGUUAGUGUUCUGUAACUUUUGCACUCAAGUUUUCUGCUGUAGUCUAGUAUGUUCAAAUCCAGUAGUUCAACUGUUUAGUAGUAAGUAGGCUUAAGAAAUAAACUUCUUAAAUGUGUUAUGAAA